AUGCUGCAUCCCGUCAGCCUCCAGCCCACAUUCUCCGUCCGCACCCACAGACUCAAAGCCCAGCCCCCAGCCCUGUCCCCCAGCCCUGUCCUCCAGCACUGUCCUGUCCUCCAGCUCUGUCCUCCAGCUCUGUCCUCCAGCACUGUCCCCCAGCCCUGUCCUCCAGCUCUGUCCUCCAGCUCUGUCCUCCAGCACUGUCCCCCAGCCCUGUCCUCCAGCUCUGUCCUCCAGCUCUGUCCUCCAGCUCUGUCCUCCAGCUCUGUCCUCCAGCUCUGUCCUCCAGCACCGUCCUCCAGCCCUGUCCCCCAGCACUGUCCUCCAGCUCUGUCCUCCAGCACCGUCCUCCAGCCCUGUCCCCCAGCCCUCACUGAGUGGACUCAGACUGAGCGAGGCUGCAUCACACUGGUCACAGUGAUGACAGACAGGCGACCCAAUGGGGCGGCUUACGGUUUGAUUUUAAAUAGCAUCCCUCCAACCACCACACUUAGUAAUUUUCGUGAGAAGCAGCAGGAGGUGACGGGAAAGUGUUUUGUGGACACAGUCUUCUGGGGAGGCGUGAUUCUUGGCAAUCAGCUAGAGCUCUGGCCUAUGAUCCAGGCCGGAGUGGCCGGCUUCAAGUGUUUCCUCAUCCACAGUGGGAUGGAAGAGUUCCCCCAUGUGACCGACUAUGAUCCACACAGCCAUGAAGCAUCUGCAAGGCACAGGAAGUGUCCUGCUGGUAACUUACAAGCUGCAGCAACCAAACUUUGUGAUCACAGUACAUACUCCACUUUUCUGCAGUCCACGCCAGAUGUCAUAAAGCUCGAGGCCAUCUGCCGUGUCACACAACUCUGCCUGCAAUACCAGGUGCGGUGCCAUAUAGUUCACUUGUCCUCUGCAAAGCCAUUAAAGCUGAUCCAGAAAGUGCGGCAGUCUGGAGCCCCCUUGGCAGUGGAGACAACCCACCACUACCUCAGGCUGUGUGCAGAGGAGCUGACUACUAGUAAAUGAUUGGUUGUGCACCACCAGGAGCAGCUAUGGUCAGCACUGAAAGCUGGCCACAUUGACAUGGUGGUGUCUGAUCACUCACCAUGCACCCCUGAUAUGAAGAGACGGGACAGUGGAGACUCCACUUAGGCCUGGGGAGGAAUUUCAUCUCUACAGUUCGGACUGCCCCUGUUCUGGACUUCAGCCAGGAAGAGAGGCUUUGAGCUGUCUGAUGUGGCGAGGCUUCUGAGCCAGAAAACAGCCCAGCUGUGUAGCCUCGACAGCCAGAAAGGCAGACUUGCCCCCGGCUAUGAUGCUGACUUGGUCAUAUGGGACCUGUAGAGAGAAUUUGAGAUUGAAGGACACAUACAUCAUAAAAACAAGCUAACGCCUUUCCUUGGCAUUACCCUGCAGGGAGUGGUGUGUGCCACUAUCCUCAGGGGGCAGCUGGUGUACAGAGAUGGCUCCUUCUGCCCUGAGCCUCUGGGGAAACAUCUUCUCAUCCCUCAGUGGAAAAAAAAAAUCAAGCCCAGCUGUGAAGUGUAA